GAUCACAUUCAUGGCUGACUGUGGGCGGGCCAAGCACCAUUGCGGUCAAGGGUGUUUUUGGCAUUGGCUAAUAGUCACGUCUGUCAUGGUAAUCAAGCGCACGAUUGGACCUCUAAGAAUGUGAGGGGCGGUCGAUGUAAGCAAGAGCUGAAGUAGUGAAGGGUUUGAAAUUAAUAUUACUUUCUGUUUUAAACUGUAGCUGUACAAUAAUAUUUAUUACAUAUAAUAUCAAAUGAUAGUUAUGUCGAGGUAAGCAUGGGAGCAAACAAGAGAUGUGGCAUGAUGUAACGCUGUUGAAUGGUUUGGAGUUGUGGUCAAACGUCCAGUGUACAGGACGUUUUUUCAACAUACAGCAUUGAAGCUGUUGCUAUUUCUAUACUGUAUGUAACGUUGGAGAUUUUCCAGUUAUUUUUUGUAAUCUGUAGAAGUAAUUAUAUACAUGUAAGUAUUAGUGAUUCCCACAGUUCUGCAAUUUGUCUGUGGACUACCUAGCAUACCUUGCAGGCACUGUGUAAAUGGAAGUUAAAGUGACGUGUUUGUUGUUAGCACUUAGUUGUUGUUACCCACAUAGAAUGGUAGUUCUUUGUUGCUGUACUGUUUAUUUUAUGGUAAUAGGCUGAUAUUCAAAGUUGCAAUAUCAGAAUUGUAUUUUAAUGCUUUUAUUUUGUUAAAAAUAAGAAGUUUAUUUUGACACCAGAAGCUGCUUUCCGGUGUUUUUCCUGAAUUUACGUGCAAACGCAUCAAAAAUACACUUGAAGUUUAUCUUUUGAGUUUUUUAAGAUGCAACGAUCAGUCACAUGUGAGACGCACGUAUGCAUUUUAACCCAGACUGAUUAAAAUAGAAGCAUUUUGAAAGUAUAUGACGUGCUGCUACACCCGCACAAAGUUACGUUAUGUUUGUGAUUAAGCUAGUUAGGUCAAAAAAACUUUAAAACAAUUAUAAUUUAGAAAUUAGAUCACAUGUUAGUGUCAAUCAAGAGGGUUGCAACUAAUGAUAAUUUUUUAAAUUUGAUUUAAUCUGAAUCUUUUGGUUUUGACUGAUUGAGUUAGACUUUUGACUGACCAAUUUAAUAUGCACCAAACAAAAAGUCAGUGGUUUGGUCAGCAACAUGUCUAAAAUGUUGAUUACUCAUAGUACUGAUUACUCAUAUCAACUCAAGUUGAUAUAUGUGAAUAUCUUUUUUUGCCUAAAACACAAACAUAAUACGCCUGCUCUCGUGGAUGACAAAGGAAAUACAAAUAUUGAUGUUUAACAUCAAAAUCACAUCUGUUUCAUCAUUGGAUUCCACUUUCCCUAAUAUCUUUUCUUCAUGGCUGCAAUGUCCUGGUGGAAUUCCCUGUGAUCAUGAACUGUUUGCUUGUAGACUGAUAAACUACUGUUUUUGCCUUAUUUUACAUAAAUGUCAUAUUUUGACCUAAUACUGUACCUCGGAAACGAUAGCCAAUCUGCACUUUUGCAAUACUUUUUCUUUAUUAGUGACCUAAAUCAAUAAAAAAAUAAUUUAACUUGUAGACCAGUUUUAUUGGUAGCCAUAUAACUUGCAUUUCAUUGAUUAAGCAUUAAAAAUGAAGGUGUCUAUAGAUGAUGCAUGAAAAAGUUUGACCACACCUUAUGCGUGACCGCUCCCUGCUUCUUAUAACGGACUCAGCCGACUUGUACUUAUCUUUUGGCACCAGAGAUCUAUUAGGGAGGAGGUUCUGAAGAAGGAGGGUUUGUCUUUUGUUAUUUUUUCCAAAGACAACUGCUGAGUAUCUUGGGGCUGUAUGAACUAAGCACAGAUCCAUACCGCAAUACAGCAGGCAGAGGCAGUCGUUUGGACAGUGCGCGUGCAGAAUUAUGGAGCAAGGACAGUACAAGUACAUCAGGAACGAGGAUGGAAAAGUUAGCAGAGUCAUCCGCAUCGGGACCCGCAAGAGUGAGUUGGCUCGCAUUCAGACUGCCAGUGUUGCUGACAAACUUAAAGAGCUGUACCCUGAUAUCAUUUUGGAAAUUGUUGCCAUGUCGACAACUGGAGAUAAAAUACUUGACACAGCUUUAUCGAAGAUUGGAGAGAAGAGUUUGUUCACCAAAGAGUUGGAGACUGCUCUGGAGAAGAAUAUGGUGGACCUGGUUGUCCAUUCACUGAAGGACCUUCCCACCACAUUGCCUGUGGGAUUCACCAUUGCAGCUGUGCUCAAGAGAGAGAACCCUCAUGACGCAGUGGUGCUGCAUCCAAAACAUGCAGGGAAAACCUUGGAGUCUCUCCCAGUAAACAGUGUUAUUGGAACCAGUUCACUGCGUCGUGCUGCUCAGUUGAAGAAGAGAUUCCCUCAUCUGGAGUUUAAAGAUAUUCGUGGAAACUUAAACACACGGCUGAAGAAGCUGGAUGAGAAGGAGGACUUUGUUGCCAUCAUUCUUGCUGCCGCAGGCCUCAAAAGGAUGGGUUGGGAGAACCGGAUCAGCCAGAUCCUGGAGCCGGAAGACUGCAUGUAUGCUGUCGGACAGGGCGCUCUGGCGGUGGAGAUUCGAGCAAGCGAUGUUGACAUCCUGGAGAUGCUGUCUGUGCUAAACGACGGUGACACCGUGCUACGUUGCAUAGCCGAGAGAGCCUUCCUCAGGCAUUUGGAGGGGGGCUGCAGUGUUCCUGUGGCUGUGCACACAGAGGUCAAAGACUCUCAGCUCUACUUGACAGGUGCCGUGUUUAGUCUGGAUGGGUCGGAGAGUCUGAAGGACACCAUGCAGACUAGCAUCCCCGUCAAUGACAAGUGCCAAGAGGAGGUAGACGAGAAGGUCCAGCGAGUCGGCGUCACAGCCAUCAAGGUCGGCAGUGAGUCUCAGGCCAACGCCGAGCGGCUGGGCGUGGACCUCGCGAUCUUGCUGUUGAGCAAAGGAGCAAAGGAGAUCCUGACGGUGGCCAGACAGCUUAAUGACGCCAGAUAAUGCCCGGUCAGGGAUGAUGCAAUCCACUUGACGACAAUUAACAGUCUUUUGCAGCAACUCCGGGCUGCUCCUCAUCACACUGAACCAGAAACAAUCCAAUAGUUGAAAAUUUGUCAGAAAAAGUGUAGUUUUUUUAUGUCGGAACUGUACUUUUGAUGAUAUGCCAAAGAGUUUUUCCACAUACAUAAUAAUGACCACGUUCUGUCAUGUUCACGUUCUGUAGUGUUUGCUGUUUAACUCGAGCUGAACUACAAACAUUCACACUUUUAGCUGUUUUUUUUUUUUAUUAAAUAUUAAGUUAUCAAGAAAAUGAAUGUGAACAAUGAGUCAUUUUGCAAUGUACUCAUAUGUAUGUGUUGAUUUUCAUGAAUUAUUUCCUAUGUGUAUCCGUUCUUGGUUUACACAACAGCCGUCUGAGUUUAUAAGUGCAUGUCAGCUUGUGUUAGUUUUCCGCUCCGAGUUAACUUUGUACUGUGCUCUUACAUUGAUAAGUUAUCAUUCGCCUUAAGUGUCUUUUUUGUUUACACGUUUCUCAGCGUGGCUUUAAUCACUAUUAAAAGGAACAGAAGCAAAUAAUGGCGUAUGCCUGUCUGAUUUUUACUUUUUUUUUUUUUUAGGUCUAUUAAAACACUUUGUGCAGAUGAUGUAAUACAGUGAUACCUCCAAGAGUUAAUAGGCUACGCCUCAAAAGUCAAACAAUGCUGCUACUGAGGGCUAACAACGGUUUGUUAUACAUUGCUAAUGUAUGGUAGUCCUUUUAUCAGGGUCAAUUCCAUACCCUAAACCCUAAUAAGUGACUUUCCCGUAGUCACGUUCAUUAUGUAUAAAUUGAAUAUAUUCAUAGUUACAGCAUAGAAAUUCCAACCUUUUAAAUACAUUAACAUUAGAGCCCUCUAAAAAUGAAAUAACAACCCUAUAGUUACCUUUAUACUCAUAAUACACCAGGAUCCCUCUGAACUUGUCUCCUACUACAACAAUACCCUCUCCUGUCUCGAUGAACUGGCCCCUAAAAAAAAUCAAAAUGGUCGCUUUUCUCCCAUACUGCCCCCUGGUACACCCCUGUGCGCCAUAAUAUGACGUCCCGUAAACGCCAGCUUGAGAAACUAUACAAGAAAUAUGGCCUAACUGUUCAUCUCCAAACUCAUACAGAUUUUUUUUUACAACAAAACAUGCUAGGUUAAUUGGCGACUCCAAAUUGUCCAUAGGUAUGAAUGUGAGUGUGAAUGGUUGUUUGUGCCCUGUGAUUGGCUGGUCACCAGUCCAGGGUGUACCUCGCCUCUUUGAGUACUCUGAAAAGCACUAUACAAAUAAAAUGUAUUAUUAUUAUUAUUAUUAUUAUAAACCGUUGACUAUUAUACUACUAUUUCAGCUAUUAUUACUAUUUCAACUACACUUUUUUCCUCCAGGAGGAAAAGUUUACUGGUGAACUAGUUUUGAAUCAUUCACACUUCGGUACAAUAUAGCACUAUAGAUCAUUUCAUUCAUUCAUAUUUCUGUUCAUUUAUUGAAAAUUUAAAAUCUUAGUACCCCUGUAAUAACUUGGUAGCGGAUUGAUUGAUUGAAGCUAACGUUAGUUCUGUAGUGUUUGCUGUUUAACUCGAGCUGAACUACAAACAUUCACACUUUUAGCUGUUUUUUUUUUUAUUAAAUAUUAAGUUAUCAAGAAAAUGAAUGUGAACAAUGAGUCAUUUUGCAAUGUACUCAUAUGUAUGUGUUGAUUUUCAUGAAUUAUUUCCUAUGUGUAUCCGUUCUUGGUUUACACAACAGCCGUCUGAGUUUAUAAGUGCAUGUCAGCUUGUGUUAGUUUUCCGCUCCGAGUUAACUUUGUACUGUGCUCUUACAUUGAUAAGUUAUCAUUCGCCUUAAGUGUCUUUUUUGUUUACACGUUUCUCAGCGUGGCUUUAAUCACUAUUAAAAGGAACAGAAGCAAAUAAUGGCGUAUGCCUGUCUGAUUUUUACUUUUUUUUUUUUUUAGGUCUAUUAAAACACUUUGUGCAGAUGAUGUAAUACAGUGAUACCUCCAAGAGUUAAUAGGCUACGCCUCAAAAGUCAAACAAUGCUGCUACUGAGGGCUAACAACGGUUUGUUAUACAUUGCUAAUGUAUGGUAGUCCUUUUAUCAGGGUCAAUUCCAUACCCUAAACCCUAAUAAGUGACUUUCCCGUAGUCACGUUCAUUAUGUAUAAAUUGAAUAUAUUCAUAGUUACAGCAUAGAAAUUCCAACCUUUUAAAUACAUUAACAUUAGAGCCCUCUAAAAAUGAAAUAACAACCCUAUAGUUACCUUUAUACUCAUAAUACACCAGGAUCCCUCUGAACUUGUCUCCUACUACAACAAUACCCUCUCCUGUCUCGAUGAACUGGCCCCUAAAAAAAAUCAAAAUGGUCGCUUUUCUCCCAUACUGCCCCCUGGUACACCCCUGUGCGCCAUAAUAUGACGUCCCGUAAACGCCAGCUUGAGAAACUAUACAAGAAAUAUGGCCUAACUGUUCAUCUCCAAACUCAUACAGAUUUUUUUUUACAACAAAACAUGCUAGGUUAAUUGGCGACUCCAAAUUGUCCAUAGGUAUGAAUGUGAGUGUGAAUGGUUGUUUGUGCCCUGUGAUUGGCUGGUCACCAGUCCAGGGUGUACCUCGCCUCUUUGAGUACUCUGAAAAGCACUAUACAAAUAAAAUGUAUUAUUAUUAUUAUUAUUAUUAUAAACCGUUGACUAUUAUACUACUAUUUCAGCUAUUAUUACUAUUUCAACUACACUUUUUUCCUCCAGGAGGAAAAGUUUACUGGUGAACUAGUUUUGAAUCAUUCACACUUCGGUACAAUAUAGCACUAUAGAUCAUUUCAUUCAUUCAUAUUUCUGUUCAUUUAUUGAAAAUUUAAAAUCUUAGUACCCCUGUAAUAACUUGGUAGCGGAUUGAUUGAUUGAAGCUAACGUUAGUUCUGUAGUGUUUGCUGUUUAACUCGAGCUGAACUACAAACAUUCACACUUUUAGCUGUUUUUUUUUUUAUUAAAUAUUAAGUUAUCAAGAAAAUGAAUGUGAACAAUGAGUCAUUUUGCAAUGUACUCAUAUGUAUGUGUUGAUUUUCAUGAAUUAUUUCCUAUGUGUAUCCGUUCUUGGUUUACACAACAGCCGUCUGAGUUUAUAAGUGCAUGUCAGCUUGUGUUAGUUUUCCGCUCCGAGUUAACUUUGUACUGUGCUCUUACAUUGAUAAGUUAUCAUUCGCCUUAAGUGUCUUUUUUGUUUACACGUUUCUCAGCGUGGCUUUAAUCACUAUUAAAAGGAACAGAAGCAAAUAAUGGCGUAUGCCUGUCUGAUUUUUACUUUUUUUUUUUUUUAGGUCUAUUAAAACACUUUGUGCAGAUGAUGUAAUACAGUGAUACCUCCAAGAGUUAAUAGGCUACGCCUCAAAAGUCAAACAAUGCUGCUACUGAGGGCUAACAACGGUUUGUUAUACAUUGCUAAUGUAUGGUAGUCCUUUUAUCAGGGUCAAUUCCAUACCCUAAACCCUAAUAAGUGACUUUCCCGUAGUCACGUUCAUUAUGUAUAAAUUGAAUAUAUUCAUAGUUACAGCAUAGAAAUUCCAACCUUUUAAAUACAUUAACAUUAGAGCCCUCUAAAAAUGAAAUAACAACCCUAUAGUUACCUUUAUACUCAUAAUACACCAGGAUCCCUCUGAACUUGUCUCCUACUACAACAAUACCCUCUCCUGUCUCGAUGAACUGGCCCCUAAAAAAAAUCAAAAUGGUCGCUUUUCUCCCAUACUGCCCCCUGGUACACCCCUGUGCGCCAUAAUAUGACGUCCCGUAAACGCCAGCUUGAGAAACUAUACAAGAAAUAUGGCCUAACUGUUCAUCUCCAAACUCAUACAGAUUUUUUUUUACAACAAAACAUGCUAGGUUAAUUGGCGACUCCAAAUUGUCCAUAGGUAUGAAUGUGAGUGUGAAUGGUUGUUUGUGCCCUGUGAUUGGCUGGUCACCAGUCCAGGGUGUACCUCGCCUCUUUGAGUACUCUGAAAAGCACUAUACAAAUAAAAUGUAUUAUUAUUAUUAUUAUUAUUAUAAACCGUUGACUAUUAUACUACUAUUUCAGCUAUUAUUACUAUUUCAACUACACUUUUUUCCUCCAGGAGGAAAAGUUUACUGGUGAACUAGUUUUGAAUCAUUCACACUUCGGUACAAUAUAGCACUAUAGAUCAUUUCAUUCAUUCAUAUUUCUGUUCAUUUAUUGAAAAUUUAAAAUCUUAGUACCCCUGUAAUAACUUGGUAGCGGAUUGAUUGAUUGAA